GGGCCCAGGCCAGCACAAAAGCCCCUGGGGCUGCCACUCUCUGGCUUAAGUAGUUGCCUAGGCAACAGCAGGGGCCAGCUUCAACCAAUCCAUGGCAGAGUCUGGUAGGGGGAGGGAGGCUAGGAGGGAAGGGGGUACUGUCUCCUUGCUGGAUCCUAUAUAAGGAGGAGGGAUGGGAUCGGAGUGCUCUGGACUUGACUGUCCCUCCAGUGGAUUUAGGGACAGAGCACAAAGAUGCUUAGAAAAGGUUCCUGCAAGCCUGGGUCCUGGGGCAGCUUCUGGGCUAUCCUGGCUUUGGUGGGACUGGUCACUCGUGCAGCUCAGAGAGCCGAUGUGGGUGGGGAGGCAGCAGGCACCGCCAUCAAUCACUCCCACACGCUGCUCCAGCGACUGCAGGACCUGCUGCGCCAGGGUAACGCCAGUGAUGUCGUCCUUCGGGUCCAGGCUGUGGGCACCGAUGAGGUCCGAGCCUUCCACACCCAUCGCUUGUUGCUGGGGCUGCACAGUGAGCUGUUCCGGGAACUGCUGAGCAACCAGAGUGAGGUGGUGCUGCGGGAACCCCGGGACUGUGCGGCUGUCUUUGACAAGUUCAUCAGGUAUUUGUACUGUGGUGAGCUGACGGUACUACUGGCCCAGGCUAUCCCGCUGCAUAGGCUGGCCACCAAGUAUGGAGUAGCAUCCUUGCAGCGAGGCGUGGCCGACUACAUGCGCGCGCACCUGGCGGGAGGCGCGGGCCCCGCUGUAGGCUGGUACCACUACGCGGUGAGCACCGGGGAUGAGGCUCUGCGCGAGAGCUGCCUGCAGUUCCUGGCUUGGAACCUUUCUGCCGUGGCGGGGAGCGCGGAGUGGGGAGCCGUGAGCCCCGAGUUGCUGGCGCAGCUCCUGCAGCGCUCCGACCUGGUGCUGCAGGAUGAGCUGGAGCUGUUCCACGCGCUGGAGGCGUGGCUGGGCCGCGCGCGUCCGCCCCCCACUGUGGCCGAGCGAGCGCUGCGCGCCAUCCGCUACCCCAUGAUCCCGCCCGCACAGCUGUUCCAGCUGCAGGCGCGCUCGGCCGCGCUGGCGCGCCACGGCCCGGCGGUGGCAGAUCUCUUGCUGCAGGCUUACCAGUUCCACGCUGCCUCGCCGCUGCACUACGCCAAGUUCUUCCACGUGAACGGCAGCGCCUUCCUGCCGCGCAACUACCUCGCCCCAGCCUGGGGCGCCCCGUGGGUCAUCAACAACCCGGCUCGCGACGAUCGCAGCACCAGCUUCCAGACGCAGUUGGGACCAAGCGGCCACGACGCGGGUCGCCGGAUUACCUGGAAUGUGCUCUUCUCCCCGCGCUGGCUGCCCGUCAGCUUGCGGCCCGUCUACGCGGACGCCGCAGGCACCGCGCUGCCCGCCGCGCGCCCGGAGGACGGGAGGCCCCGACUGGUGGUCACGCCGGCUAGCAGCGGUGGCGACGCGGCGGGUGUGAGCUUCCAGAAGACUGUGCUGGUAGGGGCGCGCCAUCAGGGCCGCCUCCUGGUGCGCCACGCCUACAGCUUCCAUCAGAGCAGCGAGGAGGCUGGCGACUUCCUAGCCCACGCAGACCUGCAGAGGCGCAACUCGGAAUACCUGGUGGAGAAUGCGCUGCAUCUCCAUCUCAUCGUCAAGCCGGUGUACCACACCCUCAUCCGGACUCCCAGUUAGCCUCUGGAUUGAGAAAUAAGGCCUGGCCUGGAUGACACACCAGUCACAAAAAAGUGACUGUCGGCCUAGGCCUUGGGUGACCAGGUGCGGCCUGUUGGGACUAUGGUAGAAGGCAGGAGGAUGUGGUAGACAAAAUGGCUGUGGUUUCAGGAGUGCCUUUCCCAGCUUAUUUGAAGGCAGCAUAAAGGUCCAGAAUAAACCGAUGCUAAGAUAGGCCAGGUACUGAAGCAA